AUGCUGGAGGCAGAAGCUCAAGCGCUCGGCCACAGCGAUGACGGGAGGAGGGGACCAGCCCAGAGGCUCCCAGCUGUGGACCGAGGAGACCGUGCCAGGCAGUGGCGGACGUGGGCGGACCAGGGACGAGGAUCUCCCCAGCGGGAGAAAGAUGCUGUAGAGUGUUACCAUAUAUGGAAGAUGGAGAAGGCUUGUUCCGAGGCGUCUCCGAAGCUGGCCUGGACCCACGGAGCCGCCUCACCUGAGCUCACCUGCAGCUGGCGCUCAGACAGCUCCCUGGACCGGGCAGGGGUGGGCCCUCUGUAUGCCCACCUCGCGCAGGGGAGACCGCUGAUUCUGAAAGGGAGCCACAUAACUGGGAGGACAGCAACGGCCCAUCCAGCCCUGGGAACCGGAGCACGCUCCAGGGCCGAGCCUCGGGCUUCAGCUCCCAGCUCUGCACUCCCUGAGGAGGCUGGUCUUUCUCACCAUCACCUGUGA